AGGCGUCAGCUGGCUUCAACCAGUGUUUAUGUCAUACCACAAUAAUUCUGUUUGUCACAUUUUGACGGUCGGCUGUGGGCACUUCCUAAACACCAGUGACACGAACAGCACAAACACAGGAAACUGGUGGAAUGAUUUAAAGACAAUCAGUCGCAGAUAUAGAGAGGGUGGCAUCCUGACUGAUUACAAUAGUACGAUGUCUAAACACAGGAAAAUUGAAAAAAUGGUCGUAAAGAAGAAGAAGCGCUGUAUAUUACGGGAAGAACUCACGAUGGCAGCAAUUUGUAUUUUUGUUGCUUUGGUCCUUGUGGUUGCAAUCAUAUUUUCCAUGAACAGAACUUUUUGUCCAGCUCAGGAGCCAGGAUUUUCAUUCCCUACUGAUGGAGAUAUGCUGGACUACCUGCUGGAUCUCGGCCUCCUACAAAAGAAGGAUGGGUUGCUGGUGUCCUGGUAUCACUCUGCUAACAACAGGAAUGAGAUGGAGAAAGCCUUGAAAAGUGAUGCAAUGGUCCUGGAGGCAGAUGUUAACAUUGAAGGUUACAACACAGAUGGCCAGACAAGCACCCCGAUCAUGGCCCACCCACCUGACAUCUAUAGCGAUAACACUCUCCAGGAGUGGCUGGAUGCUGUUCUCAAGUCCAGUAAAGGUAUUAAGUUGGAUUUUAAAACCAUCGAGUCAGUUGGUCCCUCUCUGGAUAUUUUAAAAAAGAAAGCUUUGGAAAGUGGCAUUAACAGACCUGUCUGGUUGAAUGCGGAUAUUCUCCAUGGCCCUAAUGUUCCUGGGUUUAUAGAAGUAGUGAAUGCUACUAGUUUCUUGAACCUCAUUCAGGAGAAGUUUCCCAAUGCUAUAAUCUCACCUGGCUGGAAGGUGCUGUAUGUCUCCCUGCUGCCCAACGAGACAUACACACGCGCUAUGGUGGAAGAUAUGUACGAACUCUUGAAGAAUGUUACCCAGAAAGUUACCUUCCCUAUCCAAGCCGUUAUGGGUAAAAAUGCUUGGCCACACUUGAAGUGGCUGCUGGAACAGUCCCCCAGAUACAACCUGAUGUUGUGGCAGGAAAAGGACGACCCUAUCACUGUGGAGGACCUUCUGUUCAUCCGAGAUAACAGCCAGCCAGAUCAGAUCUACUAUGACAUCUACGACCCAGUCUUAUCAGCCUUCAAAGAAAUGGCAUUUCAGCCAAACAGGAGUAGACGGUUUUACUCCGGAGGAAACCUGAUUGACUACUUUAAGCCUCGGAACUCAGAUGGGAUCUACGUCCGAUGGCACAGCAUUGACAACAGGAUCACACUGAUGACUUUGCUUAAAGAAGGAGAUGGCGGGAUGAUUGUUGUACCAAUCAGAGAAGCACAAAGCAGUGCUGGGGUUCCAGCGGUAGACGGCUCAGAAUCGGACUUUCCACUGCAGGAGUGUUUAGAUCUUAUACUUGUAUCCGCCAAACCAUGGGGCAUAUACCUGAAGAUCAAAUCUCAAGAACUACUCACACCAGCACUCACUUUACUGAAGCAUUUAAAUGAGAAGAAACUCCUUUAUAACCCAACUUGGAUAAACAUGGACGUUUCCUAUGGAAGAUUUGCAACUCCUGGGUAUAUUGGAGGGGAUCAGUUUAUAAAGGAAAUUAACAAGGUGUUUCCAUAUGUAACUAUAGCUCCUGGCUGGCCAAAAGAGCAACUGGUCCAGGGCUAUACAAAGCCUCUAGUGGAAGAUAUGGUAAGUCUUUGUAAGGGACUGUGGCAAGAGGUAUCGUACCAGCUGCAAGCUGUGGCCCUGGGUAAAUCAUUCUUGGAAAUUCAAAUGCUACAGCAGAAUUCCCCUCGACACUCCUUGACAGUAGAACACCAGUUGGAACAGGGGAGCUACAUGGCUGGUUACAAGGGACUGAUCUUAGUUCGUGAAAGGAACACAGACAAAGUUUUUUACAAUCUGAACAAGGACUACAGUAGCAAUUUCGCAAGAGAUGUCUUUACUUCUUAGAAGUGAAAUGGUUAUGAACACAAGCAGUAAUUACUAUUGAAUGUAAUAUUAAAGUCUUGAAAAAUAAAUCUAUGUUCUAGUUAAUCUGCAGUUUUAAAAAAUACGGUUUCAAGGGGAGACACUUAUUUUUGUAGUGACAAAACAAUUUUGAUAGAUAUUUUACAACUGUUUGGAAUUAAAAUGGCAAAGCCUUACAAACCAGCUAAACACCUAAACAAAUAAAUAUGUUACCUAAGUUUACAAAUCACACUGUAUAAGGUCUACAAAACCUAAGAUUCACAUCCCUUUUUAUAUUGCAUUACAAAUGUACCUUAUCUUCUAAUGUGAUAUUUGUAUAGCACACAGUGUCACCUACUGGCUGAAAAUUGCAACUGCUGUUUCCUUGAAGGGGGUUUUCUUACAGAUUGGUUGAAUAUUGUUACUGCUACAAAUCAGGCACAUCUGAAUUUACUAUGCAGCCCAAAUCUCGUGGCACAUUUUGAUAUUUCUAUUCUGGCCCAACAGACUAUUAGAUAUGCAACUCUUGCUUAUUUUAAGUAAGAGUGAAUCUGGUGGGCAGGGACUGUAGCCAUUGUUUUUCUACUUUACUGAAGAAUUGAGACAUUUUUGGAGCUAGACCAACCAGCUUUAUAAAAUGAGUGACAAUUGUGGGUCGGCUUGCAAUUUACAGUGAAAAAAAAAAAAGAUUUGUAGCACAUCAUUUUUCUAUAGAUGUCCAAAGUUCUCACACAAAAAGAUAAUGCCUGUAAACAACAUUUUUUCAAAUGUUUUAUCAAGUCAGCAUUAUUCACUGUGACUUCACAAAAAUAAUAAAGAACAGUUCUGAUAUA